UGAAAUCAAAUUUUCAAAAUCUUUUGCCAUCAAACUCUACGUUUAUUUCAAUUCCAUCUAUUCUUGACUCAACUAAAAAUACAACAAUAUGGCUGAUGCAGGAACUGGACCCGAAUAUUCUCCUUUCUUCAGCUCAAUGGGCGCUGCUGCCGCAAUGGUUUUCAGUGCAAUGGGAGCUGCAUAUGGAACAGCGAAAUCUGGUACAGGAAUUGCCGCAAUGAGUGUGAUGAGGCCAGAGUUGAUUAUUAAAUCAGUUAUUCCUGUUGUCAUGGCGGGUAUUAUCGCUAUUUAUGGAGUAGUUAUUGCAGUUUUGAUUACUCAGAAGAUGAGUGCAAGAAUGCAGUUAUUUCAAGCGUUUCUUCACCUUGGAGCAGGUUUAUCUGUUGGACUUUCAGGUCUUGCUGCUGGAAUAGCUAUUGGUAUAGUAGGUGACGCAGGUGUAAGAGGAACGGCACAGCAACCUCGACUGUUUGUUGGAAUGAUUCUCAUCCUUAUUUUUGCUGAAGUCCUGGGAUUGUACGGUCUCAUCACUGCUCUAGUCUUAAUCGUUCGUGGUUGAUUCUGCUAUAUGCGAUGAAAAAUCAUCCAAAAACUCUUCGAUUCAGUACUUGUGUCCUCUUUAGUUCCCGAUUGCUAUAUUAUGUUUAUUAUCACUAUUCCGACCUACCAAUGUAAAUCUAAUAAUUUGUCAAAUAAUAUAUUACAUUGCGUUACAAUUUGAUAUUUUAUGUAUCUUGAUUUGUGAAUACUUUACAAAAACAAUUCUGUUAUAACCACCAAUAUUUAAACUUUGUUAUUCGGGGCUUAAUUAUUUAACAAAAGUAUUCUUCCCAAUUUUUGUUUCGAAAUGUAUCAUCAGGCAUUUGACUUCUAUAGAUUCAUGAACUUGCUUGUAAAAUUGGUAAUUGUUCAUCGAAUGUUGAAUACAAUUUCAUUUUUUAAUUCAAAAUAUCAUUGCUCUGUCAUAAAUAUAUUUGAAAAAUAUUCUUGCUAUACUGAAGAGAUCUUUUAUUAUAAUGUGAAGACAUUUAAACUGAGUAUAAUGUGUCCUUUUCAUUGGGCCCUGACUACAUACAAUUCUACAUUACAAUUGACAGAUUGUGUUUGGCUUAUUAGAUCAAGUUCAAUACUGGGAUUGUUUGCUCACAAUUUUUUAAAUAAUAUUUGUCAAUAUGCAUAUAAAACACAAGAGCACAGUUAUUUUUACGGACCUAUACUAAUACAAAGUUCAAUACUGUCAGCUACUGGACUAUUGUUUAAAUAAGAGUUGGCCAUAAUCCUAAUAUGUUUAUUUGAUUCUGACUGAUGUUUACAUAAUGUAAGUAGGUCAGGGGAGGAAUUGUUAUGUUGUUUCUACUGUAAAUUAAUGUUUGAUGGUGGUAGCUGUUAUCAAUACUAUGUACUUAUUUUCUUUUUGCAUUGCAUUACUUCAGUUGUAAUUGUAAUUUUCUCGGGAAAAUAGACACGAUGAUAUGAAAAAAAGAUCUAUAUAAAUAUACAUACAUUCCCUAACUUCUGCGUUUGCAUUACUGAGUAAGAAUAAAUGCCUCACAAAAAUUUAAAAAUGCCUUGAAACACUGCUGCUCGUUUCUCAGAAUUACUUUCAAUAAGAUAUUUUGGCGGAUACUCAUAGAUUAAGGCAUGGCCUGCAUUUUAAAAGUAAUAUCCCACUGAAUUAUCUAAGUAGAUCAAAUUGUUAAUAUGGCACAUGCUAUUUAUAUCGGCUCAACUCUACAACUUUCAUGUAGUGCUUGGUUGGUUUUUGUUUUGUAUAAAUUAUAUCAUGUGGUGUAAAAAGUUCUCGAUCACGGGAUAAUCUAUGUUCAAAUACUACUAGUUAUGUGCAAAUAUAAUAUUGAAUAUGUUAUACAUUUA